AUGGAUAGUCAAAAGGUCUUUCAAGAACGCAACAUUGUCGCCAUCUGUAAUCAUAUUCUCAACUACUGCGAAACACAUAUCAAUGCAACCUCUUUACUAUCGGACCACUAUGUGAGGUCUUUUCAUACGUUUCUUCCCACUUUACUUGUCUACAUAUUCGGAUCACCUUCAGCAAGAGGAUGGCUGCAGACUGAAACUGACAAGGAGCAGGACGAUGCUAUCAGAAACCUACUCUUGGUCAAUGGCCAUUUCUUUCAAGCACUUGUCAAACUGAGCAUGUAUCCCGAGUAUUCUUACGAUCUAGUCACCGAGAGUCUUCCAAGUGAUGUGCGAAAUGUACUAGCAACAGGCGCAAUUCAUUUGUUACCUCGAGUCUACAAAAGCUGUUCCUAUUUAGAUGCUUCCAAAACCACUAAUUCAGUCAACAUACGCACCACAGCAACUCGACAAUCGACUCUGGUAGCUACGGCAGUAGGAGGCGAUCGAAAGAUACGGUUCAACAUGCUGCAAUUCUAUCUCUACUAUUUCGCAAGUGUGCCAACAUGGCCACCACUUGUGCCGCCACCACCACAGCCAUCUGCCAUGAGCUUCAUGAGAGGCACAUCCACCAACACCACUACUACCGCCAAAAACAACAAUAAUAUGUUACACACCAAAACUGUAGAAUAUGGGACCAUACGAAGCACAAAUACAACGGUGGCCACCAACGGCACCAGUGCUUCAACAGUAAAUUCAUCUACACCUUACCAGAUACCAGGAAAACUACGAUCCAUCAUCCCCAGUGUCUACAGCAGCGUAUUUGAGGAAUAUUUCGAUUGUUUUGUGCCCAUCAACACAAGCCAAACCUUUCCAUAUUUUGUAGACACUUUCUUUCUCGACACUUGCAUCGAAUUAUGGAUCCGUACUUCUUGGGUGGCCGUUGGACAGAAGCUCAGCAUGGAAUACAUGCAUUCGAUAUCAGUGUUUGUCAGUAACAUUGUCAAGCACAAUUUACAGCAGUGCUUUGCCGACGAGGACUCACUAUAUUACUCGGUGUACGCUUCAGUCAAGGACGAGCUGUUCUUUAUGUUGUCCAGGCUGGCACACAAUUGGAGCAAAAGCGACGAUUAUCUACAAGUGAUUGAACUGUGGUCCAUGUGGGCAGCACCAUGGCGACUGGGAGCAAUACCUCGUACGUCUCAAAAGGAGAUAUACACACCGAUCAAGCAAGGAUGGGCGCUAUUCGUCUUGGACAACAUACCCUUUUACUUUUCAAUAGUAAAUAUCAUCUUACAACGCACAAGCACCUUUGAAUACAAGGAUAGCAUACAGCCAGCCACUACAACACUGACCUCCUUUACAGACACAGGCGCCAUCCGUGGCCAACUGCGAAUCCUAUAUAGAUUGAUCAACGUGUUAAGGGCAGAGGGUUUAGUGGACUUUUUGGGUCUGAUUGAGAGGGGUCUAGAAAGUGUCCAGUCAAACGCAAUCAGCAUAGUAGCAGCCAACGCAAAUAACCCAUACAAGCAGAUAUCGAUACUAUGUUACGGAUCAGACACCCUGGAUAUAUCGGUUCAAGAGAAACUGAGAAGCAUGUACAAGUUAUUUGUUGAAUUGGAGGAACGUAAUACAUGGAAACCACAAGGACUGUACAGCACAGAGCCCAGAUCUGAGCAUUUGCUUAAGACAUUAAACCUCCUUCACAACGCCUACCUCGCUCGCUCAAGUGCACAAAAUACACCCAAAGCAGCACAACUGAAAGACGCCUAUGAUUUUCUUGCUAGCACAUUCAAAGUAACCGGCACAAGUCAUUUGCUAGCGCCCAGUAGUAACACAACGACUGCAGCUACAUCAGCAAGCACACAGGAGAACACAGUGACACAUAGACGAUAUGAGCCCAGAGUCGUUGGUCUAGGCGAAGGCGGAUAUUUGACAAUGGAGGAAAAGAUACUAUUGCGCGAUGGCAAGGCUGUGUGUUCUAGAGACAAUAUCCGUGCCAUGGGCCCUAGAGCCAAAACCUACGUUAGAUCCUACGAAGAUCCCACUCUUGUACGCUGGUCGUUGCAAUUGGAUACUGAUUUGAACGAGCUUGUAAGUAUUUAG